AUGGCAGAGGACACAAUAUAUGAUGCUUGCAGUGGGAACAUUAAACACAAACAUCAUUCAAAAAAAGAUCUUCCAGCAAGUGCGGACGAAAUAUUAGCAUUCAAAUUGAAUCAUGAAAUUCCUAUCCCUUACAAAAGUAGAGAGGAAUUGGAUGAAAUCGCUUCAAUAGAUGCAACAGAAAAUAUUUACAGAGGUUCCUUAAUUCCACAAGUUGAUUUGAAAGUAUUACAUUAUUAUGCAUCUCAGUUAUGUUUAUUAAAAUAUCCGGAGUUAUCAAACAGAAUGGACGAAACUGCUUUGAUAACACUAGGCUUACUUGUUGAACAAUGGGUAGAAGAUUAUUUGACUACAGAAGCUUCAUCAAUUAUCGAGAAACAGGUAGAAUCUGAGGAAGAAGAGAAAGAUACAGAUAAUAAUGGCGUUAAUCUUGAAACGAAAAUCCGUACAGGCCCAUCUAGAACAAUUUCAAAAGGUACUGAUAUCAAAGAUGAAUCAGUUGAUAUAUAA